AUGUCCUGGUUCUGGUUUUAUCUGCCUCUCCAUGUUUUCACGGCAGCUUGCUUGUGUCAUUCCAUAAAAUCACCCACUGCCAGUUCCCAACAAAGCUUCAAGACCAAUCUCUUCAAUAUCUACCGCUCCCUAAUACUUGCUGAUGGUAAGGAAACUACAGUUCACCUGCUGAAGGAUAUACCUAAAAGGUACUACUUUGUUUUGGAGGAAGGCAGAGCCCUUGCCCCUUUCACAAUAACAGUGACCCCCUGUGAUGUUCCCAUCGAAUGGAGUAUACUUGUGCACAGGGCUUCAGCAAGUUUCCCUGGAAAAGCAGCGCCAGGUGACCAUGAUACACAAGAGACCUCAAAAUCUCAGAAGGCUCCAAGCAUGGUGUCCACCAUUUUUAACUAUAAGGGAAAUUCUGUAGAGACUUACAUGGGUAUGUCUUCUCAUUCUGCCCUUUACAUGCUAGAAUUCUUAUCCACUGAGCGAGACACACACGUUACCGUGUACUUAACAACCGACACCACAUCUGGGCACCUCUAUCCUGAACUUCCAAUGGAUCCACGCAUAGAUGUUGUUGGCAUUGGGCAUACAACAGUGACUCUGACCUGGAAACACAGUCCCUCUGUCUUGCAACAUAAAGAAAACAUCCAGUACUGUCUUCUAGUUAAUGAAAAGCACAACUAUAAGAGCUUAUGUGCUGCUGAGACAGCAAUCAGAUCCUCUGGAAUGAAACUGCCACCUACGUUAGCUUUGUCUCUCUCUCCGUACCUCCUUGAACCACAGCAGGUGAUGAUACUGUCCAACAGGGAAUUGAGCAUCAUCAACAAAGCAAGUACUGGGGAAGUCAGGCAGAUAUGCAUGGGUACCAGGAACACUUACACAGUGCCCAAUCUCAGCCCCAGCACUCAGUAUUACUUCGACGUUUUUGUUGUCAAUCUCCUCACAAAUGCCAGCGCUGCUUACACCGGGACAUUUGCAAGAACCCUGGAAGAACCUGAACCUAAGGUGAUGGAACUGAAAGAUGGGAAAGUGAUUCAGGUUGUCCUGGAUGGGAAAGAACAAAAAUUCUAUAAUCUGCAGUACCAGGCGAUGCACAAGAAAAUACAGUUCACCUUUCAGUUGUGCCGUGGCCAAAUACGGGUCCACAUAACAAAGAAUGGCAAAACAGUGGCAUCAGAAAACAUCUCAGGGCUGAGGUAUUUCUCACUGAAGGGAAAGCUGUUGGACACAUAUUUGGUGCAGCUGAGGUCCACAGAGGAGUCUAACUCUUCUGUGAAAGUACAGGUCUCCUCCCAUUUCCACAAGCCCUUAUUCCCUCUUCUUCCAGAAAGUUUAAAAAUCAAGUCCUUCAGUAAGCUGAGGACCUGCAGCUCUGUCACCAUUGCCUGGCUAGGAACACAAGAAGAGAGCAAAUACUGCAUAUACAAGAAAAAGAUUGAAGAAGACCAGGUCUGGAUGGAACUGCAGAGCGCAGACAGGUGCUCUGGACCUGAAUCCCGGCACAAGUCAGAGAAAGUGCUGUGCAAGUAUUUCUAUGAUAUAAAUCUCCAGCGCGCUGUCACCACAGAGAUCAUCAAAGGGCUGGAUGCGGGGACACUUUACUUGUUUGAUAUUUAUCUCUUUGGGCCAUCUGGCAUCCCCAUCAGAUAUCACAGCAAAGUUGUGAAGACCAGAAAAAAAUGUUGA